AAUGGGUUCCAUGAGGCAAGUGUGACCCUGAAGCCCAGCCCUGCAGCCACAGCCCGACACCCAGCUGGGCAGGCAGAGCACCAUGGAUGGCAUCAUUGAACAGAAGAAUAUGCUGAUGCACAGUAAGAUCAACGAUGCUGGCAAGAGGAAUGGCUUAAUUAACACCAGAAACUUCAUGGCUGAGAGCAGAGAUGGCCUGGUGUCUGUUUACCCAGCACCCCAGUAUCAGAACUGCCGGCUGCUGGGCAGUGCGGCAGCAGCCACCCUGGACAGCGGCAGGAGUGAGCCGGUCCAGCAGCUGCUGGACCCCAACACCCUGCAGCAGUCAGUGGAGUCCCACUACCACCCUAACAUCAUCCUCUACUCCGAGGGCAUGCUGCGCUCCUGGGGGGAUGGCGUGGCUGCCGACUGCUGCGAGACCACCUUCAUUGAGGACCGGUCACCCACCAAAGAGAGUCUGGAGUACCCCGAUGGGAAGUUCAUUGACCUCUCAGCUGAUGACAUCAAAAUCCACACCCUCUCCUAUGAUGUGGAGGAGGAAGAGGAAUUUCAGGAUCUGGAG